UGAACCAAUAUUCAUAAUAAAAUGAUACCCGCACGUUGUUUAACCACAUGUGAGGACGAUGAGGAAGAUAACACCCGGGUCGCUCUUAUACUGGGCGAGAAGCCCGUAUGCGGGAUCAAGAACCUGCUGAUGGCGCCCAAGAUCAAGCUCAGCAGCGGCUACGAAAUGCCUGUGCUAGGACUUGGCACGGCUAAUAUGCGCGGUUAUCAAUGCCUGACUGCCAUCCAUUGCGCUGUGGAGACUGGGUUCAGGCAUUUCGAUACGGCAUACGUCUAUGAAAACGAGAGGGAGGUGGGCGAGGCGCUACGCACGCAAAUCCAAAUGGGAAAUGUCUCCAGGGAGAAUAUCUUUCUCACGACCAAGCUUUGGAAUAUCCAUCAUGAUCCGCGAGAAGUGCGUCGCAUAUGCGAGAAGCAGCUGGAAGCCCUUGGCUUUGACUACAUCGAUCUUUACCUAAUGCACUUCCCAGUCGGCUUUACACACUUAUGUGAUGAGAUUCUCUACCCCAAGCAGGACGAUAAAGUACAAUUAUCCGACGUGGAUUACAUCGACACGUGGCGGGCGAUGGAGGAGCUGGUUAAGCUGGGUAUGGUGCGUAGCAUUGGUGUCUCCAAUUUCAAUAUGGAGCAGGUGCAGCGCAUCAUCCAGUGCAGCUCAUCCAAGCCGGUUGUCAAUCAGGUGGAAGUCUGGCCUGGCUUCAUGCAAAAGGACCUGGUCGACUAUUGUCGCUACAAUGGCAUUGUUGUGACCGCCUACGCGCCAAUUGGUCAGCCGGAUCGGGAAACUCAUACACCCAUCUACUUCUUCUCCGAGGGCAUGCGACGUCUGGUGAAGAAAUACAAGCGUACGCCUGCCCAAAUCGUGCUACGUUAUCUGAUUGACUAUGGGGUGGUGCCCAUACCCAAAGCAGCAAAUCCCUUGCACAUUAAAGAGAAUCUGAACAUAUUCGAUUUCCAGCUGACUGAGGAAGAUAGGCGUCUGCUAAAAGGCAUCAAGCCCAAGGAUCGCCUCAUUAAAUUUGAGGAAGCUGCGGAGCAUCCUUUCUAUCCGUUCGAGCGAGAAGAUGAGCGUGAUCGCCGUACCGAGGAAUUUGAGAAGGAAGAUGGUACACCCAAGAGGGCGUCGGCGGCAGCACCCGCUGAUGGGCCAGCCGAGGGUGAAGAGGGUGGAGAAUAGACAAGGGAACCUAUUGAAUAAUUCAUUUGUUCUCACAAAAUUGUUGUGUGUCUCAAUAAAAUUAGAGGUAUUAUAUAUUUA